AGAGAGAGAACGAUGAAGAUUGAGGUUGGUGAAAGUAUGGAGAAUGAAGUAUGUGAGAGUGGUUUGGAUACUGGGAAAGUCGCAGAUGUUGGAGAGGUAGAUGAUGAUGGGAGACCCAAAAGAACUGGGACUUUGUGGACAGCAAGCGCACAUAUAAUAACGGCUGUUAUUGGGUCCGGGGUGCUGUCGCUGGCGUGGUGUGUGGCUCAGCUUGGAUGGGUUGUGGGAGUAGCCACUCUCUUAAUAUUUGCUUGCAUCACACUCUAUACCUCCAAUCUCCUAGCAGAGUGUUACAGGUCUCCGGGCACUGGCAAGAGAAACUAUACAUAUAUGAAUGUUGUCAAAGCCAAUUUAGGUGGAAGAAUGAAUAUUGCUUGUGGAUUGGCUCAGCAAGCCAACCUCAAUGGGCUGGUGGUUGGCUAUACUAUUACUGCUGCAAUAAGCAUGGUGGCUAUACGGAGAUCGAACUGCUUCCAUGAGAAGGGUCACCAAGCCUCAUGCCAGUUUUCAUCUAAACCAUAUAUGAUAGGAAUUGGGGCCUUGGAAAUCAUACUGUCUCAGAUGCGGAACAUUGAGGAGCUGUGGUGGCUCUCAGUUAUUGCAACAAUCACCUCUUUUGGGUACUCCUCCAUUGGAGCUGGACUUGCCUUGGCUACUAUAGUUUCGGGACAUGGAAAGAGGACGACUGUGACCGGAAUUGAAGUUGGGCCAGGAUUAACUGCAGCUCAGAAAAUGUGGAGGAUGUUUACAGCAUUUGGAGACAUUGCAAUAGCUUACACAUAUACCCCAGUUCUGAUUGAAGUCCAGGACACAAUAAAAUCUUCAGAGCCUGAAAACAAGGUGAUGAAGAAGGCUAACAUUCUAUCAGUGUCAGCCACAACAGUAUUCUACAUGAUGUGUGCAUGCUUUGGCUACGCUGCAUUCGGGAACUAUGCGCAUGGCAACAUGCUCACCGGCUUUGGAUUCUACGAGCCCUUCUGGCUCAUCGACCUGGCCAACAUCUUCAUUGUGCUGCACCUUGUGGGAGCAUACCAGGUAAUGGCACAGCCAGUGUUUGGCACGGUGGAAUCCUGCAUCAAAAGAAGAUGGCCUGAGUCUAAGUUUGUAAACAAGGAGUACCCAGUAAAAAUUGGCCACAAGAGCUUGAAUUUCAGCAUCAACUUCUUAAGGCUGACUUGGAGAAGCAUGUAUGUGGUGGUAGCAACUUUGGUGGCCAUAGCACUGCCCUAUUUCAACGAUGUGCUCGCCCUGCUUGGAGCCGUUAGCUACUGGCCUUUGACGGUUUAUUUCCCUGUCACAAUGUACAUAGCCAGAAAAAAGAUUAAUCGAGGAACAAUUAAGUGGUUUGCGCUGCAGUUACUGACCUUAGUGUCUCUGCUCCUGGCCAUGGUUGCAGCAUGUGGGUCAAUUGAGGGGUUUGGUGAAGCUUUCCGUAUCUUCAAGCCCUCUCUGGUUGAAGAAUAGUCCAACGGUCAAGUGACUAUGGAAAAAACCACAUGUUUAGGGUUAAGUUAAUGCUGGAUAAGUAUUAAUAUACGCACAAAAUAAUGAAAAAUCGAUGUGGUUGGGGCUGAAGAGCCACAGCAUCAUAUAUAUUUGGUUCUGA